GUUUGUUUAACGUUUGAAGAGCCGGAGGUUGGAACGACCAUCGUGAAACUGACGCAAUCUGACGUCCCUGAGGAAGAUAGGUUUGGGAAUCACACAGUUGUGGAGAACACAGAACGCGGCUGGCGAGAUCUCAUCUUCAACAGGAUUCGAGCCGUCUUUGGGUAUUGUUGUUAGAGAGAGAGAGAGAGAGAGAGAGAGAGAGAGAGAGAGAGAGAGAGAGAGAGAGAGAGAGAGAGAGAGAGGCAUGAUGAUGCGGUAAUAAGAUGGAGGGAUUAGAGAGGAGGGCAGUCAUCCUUGUUUUUUUGUGCAAUUUCAGAUUUUGGGUGUUGCUCUCAUUUCAUGCAGAGCAUUGCUAUCAGGGCUGUAUGUCUCUAUGACGAAUGCCUUGUGCGAUACGUAGGUAGCAGCUGCUAACAAAAGUCUGAUUUGGAUUGUUGAUAUGAAGUUCAAUUCCAGAAGUGUGGCUGGUUGAUUUUGAAUGAGGAAGUCCAGUGUGGUGGGAUCUUCUCUGUAAAGUUAUCGCAUGUGAGACCGAUAUCGUCUCAUCAGUUUUUUUUUGGCCUUCGGAAAUAACGUCGUCCAUGAGUGAAGAGGUUGGAGCCGCCACAUUUCGGAGAGUCUUGUCGAAGUACCAACCGGGGAAAUUACAAAAUUAUGUUUGUGGAUAUGAUCCACUGGAAUUGAACUUAGUCUACGAAAGGUCCGAAUGUCUGGUGUUUGAAAAGAUUUGGGAGUCGGAGCUAGCUAUAGCUUAUGCAGGGCAACAUUGUCUUUCGGGGGGAUUCAUUCAAAGCGAUUGGAAAAUGCUGCCAUUGCUGGCAUGUCAGUCAGGAAUGUGCUUAAGAGAAAAUCAAAAUAUCUGGAGUUG